GAAGUCGUUUGGGUCCAUUUGAUACACUACGGCUCAGAGGGCCACGGCUGUGAUGGGAGGAUGUUUGCAGUGGACCAGAAAGAGGACACUUUUCAUGAGAUAUUUUUCAAACACUUCAGAGAAAAUAAGGUGGAGAUAGCAAGUGCAAUAACAAAGCCAUUUCCUUUCCUAGAAAGCCUUAGAGACCACUCCUUUAUCACCGACAAAAUUUAUACUGAUUCUCAAGAAGCCUGUAACAACAUGGUCCCUGUAGAAAGAGUGGUGUACCAUGUUCUCUGUCACCUGGAGAAGUCCUUGGAUUGGUCCUGUAUACAAGCCUUGUUCAGCAGAAUUCACCUGAAAGAGUAUCCUGGCUUAAUUCAGAUCCAAAGAAGCUUUGAAAAUGUGCUCCAAGAAAAAUAUAUUUCCCAGAAAACCAAUAGAGAAGAGAAGCAAAAGACACUCCACACUCAGCAAAGCUGUGAGAAAGAAACUGAUGAGACCUCUGCUUCACAAAGCCUCACGUUGUCCCAGGCAGAGCCCUCGGCUUCUGAUGGUCUGUUCCUGUUGACGCAUGUGUGAUCUUUGCUGUCUUAUCCCAUCCAGGAAUAUGCUAUUGUAUACCUUUAUAUUUUUAAUUUUAAAACAAAUAAAAUGCU